GGUCGUAGUAUUUGCCUGUGUUUUAAAACAAACCUCCCAUAAACGUACUUUUUUCUCUGUAUGUGGUUACACCGGGCUGAUGGACACAGGCACGGAGUAUGCGGAAGCUCCAACAGGAAGUCGAGCUGAAAAAAGUUGAUUUUGCUAGGUUAGGUAAGCUAGCGACGCGAGUGAGCGGGUUCUGUUUUUUCAUAGAGGUGGUGGAUUAAUAAAUUGGUAACAGAGAGGAAACCGGUGACUUUACCAUAUGAGAUAAAGGCACAAAAUGGAGGACUCCAGCAGCAGCAGCAAGCCAUAUGUGGUGACAUCGUCUCUGAACUUAAAAGUCACCACGCCAUCCUUCUACAACCAGCCGAAGAAGUUCGCUUCUGUGGCGCCACCAAAGCCAAAAAGUCAGACUCCCCCCACUGCUCCCUCACCAACACCACUAGGCACAGCUGUUAUUGGUCGAGUUGGAGAGCUGCCUCCACCACCCUCUACACUCUGUGAUGACUUCCCACCCCCUCCUCCUCCACUGGAUGAUUUGCCGGCCCCUCCUGCUGAAUGCAUUAACCCAUCCUCUGACAUCGCUCCCGCCUUCCCUGCUCCACCUCCCGUGGCAGAUGACCUGCCCCUCCCUGCUCCCCCUCAGGAGAGUGCCUGUCUUCCCGCCUGUCCCGCUCCCCCUCCUCCUCCACCUCUUCCUGUSUCCAGCACCAGUUUUCCUAAUGCUGCUGGGACCCCACAGAGAACAAUGGCAAAGCAGACCAGCUUUGACAAACAGCUUGAUUCUCUGACUGACUUGUUGUCCGAGAUGGAGACCAGGGGACCUUUUAAUCCCAAGUUACCAAGCCAGCAUUCAGCAGCACAGACACUCAGACCUUCAGCCCCUCCAACAGCUCCCAAACCAGCACUUUCCUUCCUCCCACCUCCUGAGAUGGGAGACCGCCCUCCUCCUGCACCCUGGGCAGAAGAACUCAAAGCCAGAACAAACAGACAGCCCAACAACAGCUCUGCUCCAAACUCUGCUCCCGCUGUGGCUCCUAAGUCCAGCUUCGGAGGGAAAUCCACGACAUCAUCUGCUUCACUGGCACAAAAAAUCAACCAGAACCUGAACCAAACCAGCAUCGCACCAAAGCCUUCCUUUCCCACAGCCACCAGCUCGUUCCCUCCUCCUCCUCCUGCAGCUCCACCUGCACCUCCUGCUCCGACAAAUAACGUGACUACACCCCCAGUCCCUAAUCAUGUGAAGACUCCUCCUUUUGGGRGUCAGGUGAAUGCGAACCCUUCUGCUGCUGUGCCGCCUCCUCCUCAACCCAAGACCAUGAUGACAUCUCCACCCUCUUCCUUUACCCAGCCGAUGAAAACCAGCCCUGCAUCAACGCCAUCCCCUCCUGGCCCAGUUUCUAUCCCAGGUGGUGGUGUCCCUCUAAACAUGAGGGAAGUGGAAGAGCUGGAGAACAUGACCAAGGAAUUCAUCAAAAACAUGGACAGACAUGCUCCUGUCAUCACCUCCCCUCCAACGGAGGUUUGUGGGAAGUGUGGUGAGGCUCUGUCUCGUACUCAGCCUGCAGUGAGGGCCAUGGAUAAACUCUUCCACUCCAACUGCUUCUGUUGCAUGAGCUGCCAUCGCCCCCUGCAGGGCUUGCAGUUCUACGACAGGGACGGCUCGCCGCAGUGCGAGGACUGUUACAUGAGUUCCCUGGCCGUGUGCUCUCGAUGUGGGGAGAGAAUCACGGACCGCGUGCUGAAGGCUGUGGGACAAUGUUUCCACACUCACUGUUUCCGCUGCAGCACCUGCUCCUGCGUACUCGACGGGGCGCCCUUCAUCACCGACGACAACAACAACCCAUACUGUGUCCAGGAUUACCACAGGCGUUUCUCUCCUCUGUGUGUGAGCUGUAAUGAACCCAUUGUUCCCGCACCGGGCAGCGAGGACACGGUCCGAGUGGUGGCCCUGGACAAAAACUUCCACCUCAAGUGUUACCGCUGUGAGGACUGCGCUCGGCCUCUCUCCAUCGAGGCAGAUGAAAACGGCUGCUACCCACUGGAUGGCAGGAUCCUGUGUAUGAAGUGCCACACCAAACGAGCCAAGCAGGCUGCGCAGUGAUUGGCUGCUGCAGCGACACUCAGAUCAAACAUGAACCAAAAGCACAGGAUUUACUCAGCUGCAUAUUUGCCUUUGCAACAGGGCUUUAUUCAGUAAAUGUGUGUUUGUGUGUACAAGAGAGAGUGUGCAUUGUGGAGUAAGUACGUCUGCAUGCAGCGUAGUGUCCCUCUUGUGUUUGUCCUCUUUAAUCAGUGCAGAGGUAAUGUACUGCACUGAGCUAAACUCUCUUUCAGUUAUUAUUCCAGACGUUCCAAUCUCCCUCUUGUAGCAUAGAUUUUGUGCCAAAUCAAAGUUUACGCUUAAAUUACAGCAUAACUUGCACAAGAGCCAUCUGAUAAAGUUGCCUUUCUUUGUAUCUUGCCUAAAUAAUGUAAAUAGGACCAAGAACUGAAAAUUUCRCACACAGACAGUAGUAUCAACAGGUUAAAACCUCCAUCGUCACACGUUUUAAACCACUUUGGUUCAAGACUUUGUCAAAUGUUGUGCCUGCAAAUGUGGCUGUCGAUGCUUUCCUGCCUAGAAAAGUGCUUUAAAUCACCUCUGAUUGCGUAUUAAAGUCAUCAAGGCCUGCAAUGCAACUGCAAAAAAAAAAUUUAAAUAAGAAUAAACAAAGAUGAACAAAUAGUGAAUGUUGCUGUUAGUUUCUGUGAUGUGAAUUUCUCGAUUUCCAGGCAUGCGUUUGAAUGGACGUCCUCUCGUUUUCUCUGUAUUAAGGCAAAUUUAAAACAAUCUGCCAUUCCUUAAAGUUAAUGUAGAGCUGAUUUAAACAGUAUUUUUAGAUGCAUGUCUUUUUAUUGCAGAAAUGCUGAGCAAACGAAACGAGCACAGAUUCCUUUUCUUGGGAUCUCGUUUUGAAAACAGAUCAGUUCCCUCAGCAGCAAGGCUGAAAACAGGACUUGUUAUGUGAUCUUGCACAGUGCCAUAUUGAAUUAAAGUUAAAAAAAUAAAAUUAAUAUUGAAUUAAAGUUUUAAAAAAUAAAAGUAAUAAGUAUUUUAGUGUCACUUUAAGGCUAAACAAUUCCUGCACAUAUUUAAAAAAAUAGAAACAUGGUAGUAGGUAUUUCUAUCAAUCUUUUCCUUAAAAAAAGGUAAUUUAUGGAUCUACUGUUAAAAGUAUUAAAACUAUGCGUGUACCUGAACUCUAACGGCCUGUCUUGGUUAUAGAAUAURAUCGUUCAGUUGCAGGUAUUAAAACAGUGACCAAAUGUAAGCAGAUGAAAACGUCAAGCUGUAACGUAUUUUCUUUUUUAUUAUUAUUGUGAAUACCACUACUCAUUUCAUUAUUCAACCAUUGUACUUGAGUUUCUUCAUAUCAGUUAUUUACCACUUUAUCCUAACUUCUGUACUGUAUUUCACUCACAUGUAUUUUCAUUUUAACCUGACGUUACUGUGUUGUACUGCUCUUUACUUAGGUUCUCAGUCUUGUUACUUGCUUUGACAGAACGACCAACGAAACACGACUGUAGUGAUGCAUGCUUUACUUCUAGUAUUAUGUCCUCUGUAGUAUGCACCACCUUUAUGUCUUUACCAUCACUGUGUAUUUUAGAUAUGACGAUAUCACACAUUGUACAUUGUUGUCUGAAAUGUGGUUGCCUUGUCUUUUCUUAAAACCUUGUUUUAUACAUUUGUUACAUGUGGAUGUGUUAAAACAUCAUUUAGUCCUUCCUUUUUCUGAUUGAAUCGAAAAGCUCAAAUUAAAGACAAUUACUAAUUAAACAACUGUUUUGGA